CUCCAUUUUUCGCUGCACUUCUCUCAUCAUGGCGAACCCCAAUCUUCCACCAGCUUCACCGCCAGACAUCAGCAAGACUGAGGUCGAGACAGUCGAGUCCAUCCACAAGCCAUCACCUACGACGAAAGGCAAGGAUAAGGCCGCAGAGCUGCUUGCUUCGAAUGAACGCAUCGUGGUUACAUCAGCAGAGAACAAGCGAGUGCUGCGCAAGAUCGACCUCAUCAUCCUGCCCAUCCUGUUGUCUGUGUACUUUCUCCAAAGUUUGGAUAAAACGACACUCUCAUACGCCUCCGUCUUUGGUCUCAUCGAAGAUGCUAAUCUCAAUCCAAACUCCGAUCAGUACUCGUGGCUGGGCAGCAUCGUGUACAUCGCACAGCUUGUUAUGCAGCCGCUAGUCGCAUUUUUCCUGGUCAAGUUCCCCAUCGGCAAAUUCGUGGGCAUCACGGUGUUGACAUGGGGCGCGAUCCUGUGCGGCAUGGCUGGAGCGACCAAUUUCGCAGGACUUAUGGCGACAAGGUUUUUGUUAGGCGCAUUCGAGUCCGCAGUUGCGCCCGCCUUCAUCGCUGUGGUCCAGAUGUGGUACAAGCGUUCCGAACAAACGAACCGCAAUGCUGCAUGGUACUCCAUGCUAGGCAUCGUCAACAUCCUCGGCAGUCUGCUGUCGUACGGUCUUGGGCACAUCCAGUCGGAUCGCCUCCACUCAUAUCAAAUCAUCUUCCUGUUCUGCGGUCUCCUGAGCGUCGUCGUCUCGAUAGCAGUCUACAUCUUUAUGCCCGACUCGCCCAUGGAGGCAAAGUUCCUGAACGAUACCGAAAAGUUGAUCGCUGUUGAGCGUCUGCGCAUGAAUCAGAUGGGCGUCGCCUCAAGGGUUUGGAAGUGGGAUCACGUCUUGGAGGCCUUCUUGGACAUCAAGACAUGGCUAUGGUUCUCCAUGCUGACGGCUGUCAGUAUUCCCAGUGGUGGCAUCACUACCUUCGGCCCCUUGAUCAUCCAGUCCUUCGGGUUCGGAAAGUUCCAGACGAUUCUCUUCAACAUGCCGUUUGGUGCGGUCCAGAUCAUCGCUACGCUUGGUGGAGCUUGGUUGGCGACUAAGCUGAAGAAGAAGGCGCCCGUUCUCAUCCUACUGUGCGUACCACCGAUAGUCGGCAUCAUCAUCCUCAUGGUGGUUGGUCGAGGCAAAGAGAACCGCGGAGUACUACUGGUCGGGUAUUACCUCACUUCCUUCUACCCUGGCAUUUCGCCCUUGAUCUACUCGUGGUCGGGACAAAACACUGGAGGCGACACCAAGAGGAAAGUGACUACGAGUAUUCUGUUUGUGGGGGCCAGCGCUGGCAACAUCAUUGGUCCCCAUCUCUUCAAGCCGUCCGAGAAGCCCCACUACUACCGAGGCUUACGAUCAAACCUGGCUCUCUUCGUCGCUAUCAUCGUGCUCGUCAUCCUGGCAGUCAUAUGGAUCAAAGUGCUGAACCGUAAGCAUGCGGCUACUCGUGAGAGCAUGGGUAAAGCCGCAAACAUUGUCGACCUGAGUAUGGAGGGAAGCCGCAAUACCGACACCGAAGGCGCAGAAGACAUCCAGGCAAGCGGUGUAGGCGACAAAGCGUUUGAUGAUGUUACGGACAUCAAGAACGAGGACUUCAUAUACGUCUAUUAGAUAGCGUCACGCUUGCUAUGCGGUGUUGAUGGAAGCGCAUAUGUUUGCAAGAUCAAAUAGCAACCAAAUUACCAUUUUGGAC